UAGUAUAUAUAAUUAUUUUUAAAUUGUAUGUAUUUAUACAUAGUUCUGCACUGAAAAUAUGGAGAGUGACGAUGAUGUGACAAUAGCUAGUGCUAUUUUUGUAAUCAUGGAGCAAAAGAAGAAGAAGGUUGUAAACAAACGUAAAAAACGUAGAUGGUGGAGUGUAUCACUAUUCAAAAAUAGAAAGAGAUAUAACGGCAACGACCUGCUAAAUGAUAAUAUGUCCUUAGAAGUUUCCGGUAAAUUUGAAAAUUUUUGUCGGAUGGCACCUGCUGAUUUCGAAAGUCUCCUGCAAUUAAUAGGCCCAUAUAUAACUAAACAGACCACACAAAUGAGACGUACCAUUUCUGCCAAAGAAAGAUUUGGCUUAACUUUACGAUUCCUUGCGUCAGGUGACAGUUACCAGAGUUUGAGCUACUUAUUUAAAAUAUCACCGCAACUUAUAUCCUCCAUCGUGAUUGAAGUAUGUGAAGCGUUAAAAAAUGUACUUCGGGACCAAGUAAAAGUUCCUACGACUUCUGAUGAAUGGAAAAAGAUUUCAGAUUUAUUCGAAGAAAGAUGGAAUUUUCCAAACUGUGUUGGGGCUAUAGAUGGAAAACAUAUAGUGAUAAUGUCUCGCCUAAAUAGUGGUAGUGAAUAUAUAAACUACAAGGGAACAUUUAGUAUCGUACUAAUGGCUUUGUGUGACGCGGAUUAUUGUGUAACAUACAGUAAUAUAGGCUCGCAAGGCAGAAUAUCAGAUGGAGGUGUAUUCAAUAAUUGUUCCUUGUAUGAAGCGUUAGAAAAUAAGACUUUAAACCUACCUACUGACGAACCAUUGCCGAUGAGAGAAAAUCCUGUACCCUAUGUUAUUAUUGGUGACAAUGCAUUUCCUUUAAAAGAAUAUCUGAUGGUUCCUUAUAGUGGAAGUCAUGACAGAGGCACACCAGAGCGCAUAUAUAACUACAGACUUUCUAGAGCCCGCAGAAUAAUUGAAAAUGUAUUUGGAAUUAUGUCUGCAGUAUUUUGAGUUUUACGAAAACCCAUUCUUUUAAGCCAAGAUAAAGCUCGAUUAAUCACAGAAUGUUGUGUAUUGCUACAUAAUUUUCUAAGAAGAAGCAGUAAUUCGAGAAAUAUUUACACACCUACGGGUACAUUUGACAGGGAACAAGAUGGUAAAAUUGCCAGUGGUUCUUGUAGGAAUGAGACACGUCAACACAGAUCAUUUUUGUCACUACAAAGAAGGGGCAGAAGAACAUGCUCAGAAGUAAAGAAAAUUCGCGAAGAAUUUUCUAAAUACUUUGUUACAAACGGCAAAGUUGAGUGACAGGAAAAAUACCAAUAAUACAUAAUGUAAAAAUAGCAUGUAAAUAUCAUUUUAAAAAGUUGUACCAAUAAACAUGUACUUACCA